CUUGAAAGAGAUGACUGAUGACUGAAAGACCACUCUUUAUGAAAGCUUCUUUGACUGGUUAAUAUCAUACCUUAUGCUGUUAAGUUCUGGCAACAGUAAAUGGAAAGGGUCAUCAUUCUGAAAUGGACAUUGGAUCCUCAUUUGACAAAGUCAGUCUUUCUUCUGAAACUGUUUUGGUAGUAAAUCAGGAAGAAUAUGUCUUCGUUAAAAAGCAUCCUGAAGAUCCGUGUGCAAAAGAUGAGAAAUUUCAGCUGACGAUGCUUCCAAACAAAGAUGAACAAAUGGAGAAAGCCAUGGAAGAGAUACUAAGAGAUUCUGAUAAAGGCCAGAAGCUUGAUACUACUGAUUGUGUAGACUUGAGUGGUGAUUGCAGGCAGUCACUUGGAUAUGUCAGCCAGUCCUCUAUGCAUUUUCUACUGGAUUCUUCCACCACAAAAGUUUUGUCAGAUACAGCAUAUUCCCCUACUGUACCCUCAGAAGAGGAGAGUGUAUUGUUCAACAAACUGGCAUAUCUUGGAUGUAUGAAGGUUUCUGCUCCUCGCAGUGAAUCGGAGGCACUGUGUGCCAUGGGGACUCUGAAGAGCUCAAGUAAUUCACCUUUCCCCGUAACUCUGUAUGUUCCAAAUAUCCCAGAUGGUUCUGUUAGAAUAAUAGAUCAGUCCACUGGUACAGAAAUUGCUUCUUUCCCAAUCUACAAAGUCUUAUUUUGUGUCCGUGGGAAAAGUGGAACCUCAGAAAGUGAUUGCUUUGCCUUUACUGAGAGCUUCUGUGGCAGUGAUGAGUUCCAGAUUCAUGUCUUCUCUUGCGAAAUUAAAGAGGCAGUCAGCCGAAUUUUGUAUAGUUUUUCAACAGCAUUCAAACGUUCCUCCAAACAAGCAUCAGAUCACAUAAAGGAUACUAUCGUUCCAACUCCUGACAGUGAUACAUUCACUUUCAGUGUUUCUUUAGAGGUCAAAGAAGAUGAUGGUAAAGGAAACUUCAGCCCAGUACCAAAGGACAGAGAGAAAUUUUAUUUCAAACUGAAACAGGGAGUUGAGAAGAAAGUUGUGAUGACUGUACAACAGAUUUCCAACAAAGAAUUAGCAAUUGAAAGGUGCUUUGGGAUGCUUCUAAGUCCAGGUCGAAAUGUCAAAAACAGUGAAAUGCACUUACUGGAUAUGGAGUCCAUGGGGAAAAGCUUUGAUGGAAAAGCAUAUAUUAUUACCGGGAUUUGGAAUCCUAAUACACCUACCUUUGUAGUACUAAAUGAGGAAACUCCUAAAGAUAAGUGUGUGUACAUGACUGUGGCAGUAGAUAUGGUGGUCACAGAAGUGGUGGAGCCAGUUCGUUUUCUGCUGGAGACACUUGUACGUGUGUAUCCUGCCAAUGAGCGCUUUUGGUAUUUCAGCAGAAAAACUUUCACAGAAACAUUCCACAUGAAACUGAAACAGAGUGAAGAGAAAGGUCACCCGAAUGCUGGAGAUGCCAUUUAUGAAGUCUUGAGUCUGCACAGAGAUUCUGAAAGAGAGGAAGAACCAGGCAGCCCAUCACAUGAGGAUGAUGCUAAAGAGGAGAGCGAUAAUGAACUCUCAAGUGGUACUGGUGAUGUAUCAAAGGAUUGCCCAGAGAAGAUCUUGUAUUCGUGGGGAGAAUUGCUUGGAAGAUGGCAUGGUAACCUUAGUGUGAGACCAAAAGGACUGUCUUCGCUGGUGAAGCGUGGUGUUCCAGAGGCAUUAAGAGCUGAGGUAUGGCAGUUACUAGCAGGAUGCCAUGAUAACCAGGCGAUGUUGGAAAAAUACAGAAUUCUCAUCACAAAGGACUCAUCCCAGGAGAGUGUCAUUACACGAGACAUCCAUCGUACAUUCCCAGCUCAUGAAUAUUUUAAAGAUACAGGAGGAGAUGGGCAGGAAUCUCUAUAUAAGAUCUGUAAGGCAUAUUCAGUGUAUGAUGAAGAAAUUGGUUAUUGUCAGGGUCAUUCCUUUCUAGCUGCUGUUCUGCUGCUGCACAUGCCUGAAGAGCAAGCAUUCUGUGUGCUGGUGAGGAUAAUGUAUGACUAUGGCCUGCGGGACCUCUAUAAAAACAACUUAGAAGAUCUUCGCAGCAAAUUUUACCAGUUGGAGAAACUUAUACAGGAGCAGCUUCCGGAUUUGUAUAAUCAUUUCUUGAAACAGAACUUGGAAGCCCACAUGUAUGCAUCCCAGUGGUUUCUCACCCUCUUCACUGCCAAGUUCCCACUCUGCAUGGUCUUCCACAUAAUUGAUCUACUCCUUUGUGAGGGUCUGAAUGUAAUCUUCAAUGUAGCACUGGCUCUCCUAAAGACGUCCAAGGAGGAUCUUCUGCAAGCUGAUUUUGAAGGAGCUUUGAAGUUCUUUAGGGUACAGCUGCCCAAGAGGUACAGAGCUGAAGAGAACGCUAGAAGGCUUAUGGAACAGGCUUGCAAUGUAAAGGUGCCCACAAAGAAGCUGAAGAAAUAUGAGAGGGAGUAUCAGAUGAUGCGAGAGAACCAGCUGCAGCAGGAAGACCCUCUGGACAGAUACAAGAGGGAGAACCGCAGGCUUCAGGAAGCCAGCAUGCGGCUUGAGCAAGAGAACGAUGACCUGGCCCACGAACUUGUAACAAGCAAAAUUGCUCUACGGAAUGACUUGGACCAGGCUGAAGACAAAGCAGAUGUUUUGAAUAAGGAGCUGCUUUUGACUAAACAAAAACUAGUGGAGACUGAAGAGGAGAAGAGGAAACAGGAAGAAGAAACAGCCCAGUUGAAAGAGAUCUUCAGAAAACAGCUAGAGAAGGCAGAAUCUGAGAUAAAGAAGACAGCAGCCAUUAUUGCAGAGUAUAAACAGAUUUGUUCUCAGUUGAGUAGCAGGCUGGAGAAGCAGCAGGCAGCCAAUAAAGAGGAACUUGAAGUGGUAAAGGGUAAGGUGAUGGCUUGCAAACAUUGUAGUGAAAUAUUCAGUAAAGAGGGGACAUUGAAAGUGCCUGCUGUACCGAGAGAGAGCCCAAGAACAGACAUAGAUGAUGAGAAAGAUGCCCUUAAAAAGCAGCUGAGAGAGAUGGAGCUGGACCUGGCACAGACCAAACUACAACUUGUGGAAGCCAAAUGCAAAAUACAGGAGCUAGAACACCAGAGAGGAGCACUUAUGAGUGAAAUCCAAGCUGCCAAGAACUCUUGGUUUAGCAAAACCCUGAACUCUAUCAAAACAGCUACUGGCACACAGCCACUACAGCAGGCUCAGCUGUCGUCAUCACCCAAAGAGGGCAGCACAUAGUUCCAGCUGGAUUCCAAGCACCAAGAGCACAAUGGACAAAGCAGCUUGAAACCCCUUGGAUAUUCACCCAAUAGCACCUGUUCAAAGGGGGAAGCAGCAGACAGGCAGGACAGCCAGCCUGCAAACCAAUUCCUUCAGUGUCUUUUAUUUGUUCUGAUGUGGCCCUUUCCGAAGGGAAGUUAUUUAAAGAAUCCUGUUUUAUGUGGAAUACUCGUUCCCAGCUGCCUUGCCACAUCCUGGUACCUUCAUAUUUUACAUGUUAUUUUGUAUGCCUAGAAGUUCAAGUAUGGGGAGCAAAUAAUUCAGAACUAUGUGUUCCAUAUGUUGCUAAAAAUAUUCAUAAUUAUUUAUAAGACAGUUUUCCCCCACUUUGGGGGAAGAGAGAGAUGGGGCAGGGUAAAAUAAUGAAGAAAAAGCACAUUUAUUAUAAUGCCAGAGCGUUUCUUGGUAGAUCAGUUCAAAGGUUUACAGCUAUUGUUGCACCCUGCCAAGAUGCACCUGUUGUUUUAAGGCUUGAGUCUCAGGCCACAUCUGUAACAAGUGGAACAACAGUAAUUAAAAAUAUAUAUAUAUAUGUAAAGCUACUAAACGAGAACAUGCAUAAAACCACAUCUACUUUAAUGCUGCCUUCAAGCAUUCCGUAACUUAUGUCGUAUAUUGCAAAUAAGGGGAAUAGCUCUUUCCCGCACCUCUGUUCUCUUUUGCCAAUCAGCAGACUUGGGGCACAAUCUCACAAAAGCUCUUUGGAGCACUCACCAAAAUGAAUCGAAGCUAGCAGAGGUGAACUUCCCAGUGGAUUGCACCCUUUGCUCUUUUGCACAGGGCUUGUGUAGGGGACAUUCCUGGUCCUGGUAAAAUGUGUCCGAAAUGCUUUGAUGGAAGGUGACCUUUACCUUUGACUGGCAGAACAAAUUUUUCAGAAGAUUCCUGUGUCCGUCUGGAAAUCAUACUUGUUUUAUAUCUUUCUAAAGUGCAAAAAAAAACAUUUGUUACAUUUUUGAAUUUAACAUAAAAUGUUUAUAGAAAUGCUUAUUUCAUGGAGAAUUAUACUAUUGCUUAAAUUGAUGGAAAUAUUUUUUUUUAUUAUGUGUAAUGUGUAUAAUAAUGUCUCACAGGUCAACAUUACUACUGGAUAAGAAGCUGGUUAUGUACUUGGUUUCCAUGUUAUGAAAAGUGUUCCUGGGACAUUGUUCUGUGCUGAUUUUAAUCCAAAUUAACGCAAUAGCCUAUCAGUCAGUUCUCUACAAUAAAGUUUAAUGAUGCUCA